AUGACCACAGAAUCCUGGGUACAGCACAUCCACCAGUGCCUAGACCGGGCCCUCAGUCCGAGCCUCCGUGUCCCGCGGUCACGCAGACACCGGUCGCAUCCAUCCGUCAGACUCCGCGAGGUGAGGACCCCCGCGGAGCCUCUGGAGGUGUCCACAGGGCGGGCUCCAUCCAUGUCCCGACAGACCGUGGUGACCUGGAUCUGUCCCCGGCAGCUUACGGUGGAUGUAGCGGCGUCGGCUUCAUCACACUCCACUCUCUCUGCCGAGCUUCACCGACGCUUAUCUGCUUCUUUACGGGUGUCUUUUAUGAAUAAUCAAAAGCAGCAAAAGCCGACGCUAACAGGCCAGCGUUUCAAAACGAGGAAAAGAGAUGAAAAGGAGAGGUUUGACCCUACUCAGUUUCAAGAAAGCAUCGUACAAGGUUUGAACCAGACUGGCACUGAUUUGGAGGCGGUUGCGAAGUUCCUUGAUGCAUCUGGUGCCAAACUUGACUACCGUCGGUAUGCAGAGACACUGUUCGACAUCCUGGUGGCCGGCGGCAUGCUGGCCCCAGGAGGGACCCUGUCUGAUGACAUGACCCGCACAGAGUUCUGCCUCUUUACGGCACAAGAAGAUCUCGAGACGAUGCAAGCAUACGCUCAGGUUUUUAACAAACUGAUCAGGCGCUACAAAUACUUGGAGAAAGGUUUCGAAGAGGAGAUCAAGAAGUUGCUGCUGUUCCUCAAAGGGUUCACCGAGUCGGAGCGGAACAAGCUGGCCAUGCUGACGGGGAUCCUCCUCGCCAACGGCAGCAUCUCAGCCUCCAUCCUGAGCAGCCUCUUCAACGAGAACCUGGUUAAAGAAGGGGUGUCGGCUGCGUUUGCCGUCAAACUGUUCAAAUCCUGGAUCCAUGAGAAAGACAUCAACUCUGUGGCAGCCAGUCUGCGCAAAGUGGGAAUGGACAACCGGCUCAUGGAGCUGUUUCCCGCCAACAAACGCAGCUGUGAGCAUUUCUCAAAGUACUUUAACGAAGCCGGACUGAAGGAGAUCUCUGACUUCGCUCGCAACCAGCAGUCGAUCGGAGCUCGCAAGGAGCUGCAGAAGGAGCUGCAGGAGCAGAUGGCCCGGGGAGACCCCAUCAGGGAGAUCAUCGCCUACACCAAGGAUGAGAUGAAAAAGGCCGGUCUGUCUGAGCAGGCCAUGAUCAGCAUGAUCUGGAGCAGCGUCAUGAGCUCCGUGGAGUGGAACAAGAAGGAGGAGCUGGUGACGGAACAAGCCAUCAAACUCCUGAAGCAAUACAGCCCCCUCCUGAAAGCGUUCACCUCCCAGGGCCUGUCCGAGCUCGGUCUGCUGCUCAAGAUCCAGGAGUACUGCUACGACAACAUCCACUUCAUGAAGACUUUCCAGAAGAUGGUGGUGCUGCUCUACAAGGCUGACGUCCUCAGUGAAGAGGUGAUCCUGAAGUGGUACUCGGAGGCUCACCUGGCCAAGGGAAAGAGCGUGUUCCUGGAGCAGAUGAAGAAGUUUGUGGAGUGGCUGAAGAACGCUGAAGAAGAGUCCGAGUCGGAGGAGGAGGAGGCAGACUGA